AAAAAUAUAUCUUUAGUCAUAAAAAAAAAAAACAUAAUUUAUGUAUGGGAAGCAAACCGUGAAUUAUAAUCUGCAUAGUGCAUUAGAUCUGAAAACGCGGGUAAGAAGAAGAAGAAGAAGGAAGAAGGAAUGGCUCGUGCAGGAGGCAUAACAAACGCAGUAAACGUGGGAAUCGCGGUUCAAGCCGAUUGGGAGAACCGCGAAUUCAUCUCUCACAUUUCUCUUAACGUUCGUCGCCUCUUCGACUUCCUUGUCCAAUUCGAGGCUACGACGAAGAGCAAGUUGGCGUCUUUGAAUGAGAAGCUGGAUGUGUUGGAGCGAAGGUUGGAGAUGCUUGAAGUUCAAGUGGGCAAUGCUUCGGCCAACCCUUCUCUUUUCGCUACAUGAUUUUGUGUUGUAAUACGGCUUCCCAGAAAACGGAAGCUCAGUUGGCAGAAUAUGAAUUUCUUCUUGUGAAUAGUAAUGGAUGAUAACGGUCUCCUGAGUUUGACAUUUUUCCAUAUACACCUUGAGGAAGGAAUAUUAUCAUUAUCCCUAAGAUAUUUCACAUUCUUAACAACAUUAUUUUUAAGACAUUGGGUAACAACUGGGCCUCACUUGUCUUUCUUCUGAAUGACUCAGAUUCUGCUCAGUCUCAUUUCUCUUACAAAAUCUCUUUUUCUUCCUCUUCUUUUGCUUGUUUUCAUUCUAGUUCUAGUUUGAGUGUUCUGAAAGAGACAUAACUCAAUAUGGAAGAAACAGUGUAGUUUAUGAAGCUGAAAAUGCCAAACUCUUGGUGAUUAGUUGUUCAACAUGAUUGUAUAGGUCAAAUUUUCCUUGGAGGGGAAAAAAUAUUGCCACUUUACUGUAAAUGCAGAACUCAUGCCAGCAUUUUAAUCAGAAAGCAAUUCUUAUGCGAACUUUUAGUAUUUCUACUGCUUAACACGGCAGAUAUGCUGUCACUAUAAUUUCAGAGCUUUUCU